AACACAGAUUUAUGACGGAUUGUUAUCUUAUCAUAAUCUUAUCAUUAUACGGAGAACUCUUGUCGAUAAUUCUUUCAUUGAAUUGAAUCUUGGUGAUGAUGAAGGACACAACACAAAUUUUGACUAAAUUACGAGAGCUAAUGCAACUGGUUCGUGUCCGAGACAUCAGUUGCAUUUCGGCUUAUAUUGUUCCUUCCGAUGACGCUCAUCAGAGUGAAUAUCAAUGUCAGCAUGACGAAAGACGCGCAUUUCUAACCGGGUUUAAUGGAUCUGCUGGAACAGCAGUGGUCACAAGCAACAGCGCACUAUUAUGGACAGAUGGUCGCUAUUAUCAACAAGCUGAAAAGCAACUCGACUCAAAUUGGGUACUUAUGAAGGAUGGUCUGACAACGACUCCUUCUGUAGGUGCAUGGUUGGCCCAAAAUCUUCCAAGAGGCAGUGCUGUUGGCGUGGAUCCCCGUUUAUUUUCUUUCCGGCUGUGGAAGCCUAUAGAAAACGAAUUGAGUUCAUCUGAUUGUCAUUUAGUCCCAAUUGAAAAAAAUUUAAUUGAUGAAAUCUGGGGUGAGGAUCAGCCACCACAAACCUUAAAUUCUAUAAAACCCUUAAAAUUGGAAUAUGCUGGUGUCACAAUCGCCAAAAAAUGGGAGCUCGUUCGUAAACAAAUGCAGGAAAAAAAAGCGGAUGCCUUAAUUGUUAGUGCUCUUGAUGAAAUUGCUUGGUUCUUAAACAUGCGGGGCUCGGAUAUAGACUUUAAUCCAGUAUUCUUUGCAUAUAUGAUUAUAACAAAGAAUGAGCUGUUAGCUUUCGUUGAUUCUGAAAAAUUGCCAACUGAUUUUUCUAACCAUCAGUCAGAAAACGAAGUACAAAUCAAAGUUCUUCCCUAUUCUUCGAUUGGCCUGGAAAUAAGUCGCAUUGUGUCGACUAAAGAUACAAAAAUUUGGAUUUCUCCUACAAGCAGCUACUAUUUAACAGCAAUUAUUCCGAAAUCGCAACGCCUUCAGGAGGUCACCCCAAUUUGUUUAUUAAAAUCAAUUAAAAAUGAUGUGGAGAUUAAAGGAUUUGUGAAUAGUCACGUUCGGGAUGGAAUGGCAUUAUGCCAAUAUUUUGCUUGGCUUGAAAACCAAUUAAGUUUGGGUGAAAAAAUUGAUGAAAUAUCUGGAGCAGAUAAGCUGGAGUCUCUUCGCCGAACGAAAGAUAACUAUGUUGGCUUGAGCUUUCCGACAAUUAGUUCAUCUGGCCCCAACGGUUCUAUUAUUCAUUAUAAUCCCACGAAUGAUACAAAGAGAGAUAUAACCGUUAAUGAAAUAUACCUAUGUGAUUCAGGCGCUCAAUUUUUGGAUGGUACAACGGAUGUGACAAGAACUUUUCAUUUUGGCAAUCCCACUGAGUUCCAAAAAGAAGUAUAUACCCGAGUCCUCAAAGGCCAAUUAACGUUUGGGUCGACAAUUUUUCCAGCAAAAGUUAAGGGGCAAGUUCUUGAUACACUUGCCAGGAAGGCUCUUUGGGACGUUGGCUUAGAUUAUAGUCAUGGCACUGGUCACGGCGUAGGACACUACUUAAAUGUUCAUGAAGGCCCGAUAGGCGUAGGUAUACGUCAUAUGCCCGAUGAUCCCGGUCUUCAAGAAAAUAUGUUUAUUUCGAAUGAGCCUGGCUUUUAUCAGGAUGGGGAAUUUGGAAUACGCAUUGAAGACAUUGUGCAAAUUGUGCCAGCACAAUCAACCCAUAAUUUUUCCAACCGUGGGGCCUUAACUUUUAAAACCAUUACUAUGUGCCCGAAACAAACAAAAAUGAUUGCAAAAGAACUCUUAACUGACGUUGAGAUCCAGUUGCUUAAUAGCUAUCAUCAACAAGUUUGGGAUACCCUUUCGCCGAUAUUGUCUCAGGAAGGCGAUUCUUUUACGUUAUCGUGGCUAAAAAAAGAAACACAGCCAAUUUAAUUUUAAAGAAUACACAUAUUAUAU